AUGAAUUCCACCGCAAGUCAAUCGAUCUGGGCUCUCUCGCACCAUAGCCCAUCCGAUACCGUCGGCCAUGUUCAGUCCCUUUACAACCUGAUGAAUGGCACCUUUGCCCUUCCAGACUACUUUGGCUCUGGGGCUCGCAUUGUCGGGGUCUACUUGACCAACACAACUGACGAUCUUCCUUAUGCAGAGUACCGGGAAGCCGGAAACUCUUCGGAUAUCAGUGGACUCGACAAACGGUACACUGAGACAAUCACUGGGCACACCUGUACCAAUCCCCCUCAUUUUGCAAAUAGGCUCGUCACGUAUGAGCAACAGAAGUUCAUUGCUGGAAAACUCUGUACAUGGGUUUCUAAAGUCUCGCCUUACGCGUAUGGAGUGGUGGCUGUCAAAAUCACCAAUUUGAUGUGUGGUGAGGGUGGGACUUUUACCUGCAAUGCCUUUUAUUCUAUUGCGCAUACGGCGGCAGGCAGCUAUAUAGGGCCGGGUAUUCAAGCUAUGUGCGCGGAGUCGUAUAGUUCAUUGAUCGCAGCAUGCGACGAGAAGGGUGGUGUGAUGGACGUCAAAAUCGAUCAGACCGAUGCUAUCUUCCAGGUCGAGGGCUAUGCCAACUCCGAGGAAGAUGAUUCUUGCUCAAGCACAUCGACUUCCUUAUGUGCCACAUAUACUUGCCACGGUAACUGCAACCCUGGCGGUGGUACCCCUUGA